UGUUUCAGUAUCCUUCGGUCCGCCGUGAGGGGCGGUCGUGCUGCUCCAGAAAUUACGACCCUGACGUGUUAGUUCGACCGUUCAUUAUAUAACCGUGUGCUGUUUGUUUAGUGAGCCAGCCCUAUUGUGAACAUCGGAUGUAUUGAACUUUACCAAGAAUGCGCACAUCCAGCCAACGAACUUGAAAGGCAAAGGCGCAACUAUGGGCUCAUCACACUAUAGCAGUGUCCUCGCAUGGUGAUGUGCUCAGCAUGAGCAGGGGCAGUUGGCUGGCGAUGGUGGCGUUGGUGGCGGUAGUGGGGGCAGUACGCGGCUGGGACUGCGUCUGCAACCCCAGGGAGUGCGAGGUGUUGGAGCCUAGUGGCUGUCCAGGCAUGGGGAUCGUGGUUUGGGAUCCGUGCAGAUGCUGUAAAGUAUGCGCGAGGACGUUAGGAGAGGACUGCGGCGGGUUUAGUGGGACAUGUGAGCCGGGACUCAAGUGUAUGGACGGGUCGUGCACCCCAAUAACGUGAACGAAAGUGUACUCACCUGUAAUAUAUGUGUAUAGUGUUGAUAGAAACAAUACAUAUCUCUGACAACGUAGCCAACGAGAGGACCAUGCGGAACUAGACGCCGAAGCUUCAUAUUGGGUGACAAUAAAAUGCAUGCGUUUGUAACAGAGACAUUACGAACGAGUAUUGUUACUAUGUCGAUAUGUUCCAAAGAUUAUUUUCUUGAACGAGCGCAAAUUUCAUUUUAAUGCCCCUAACCCGAGGGAGGCGCGAUUAAAUCGAGAUCUUUGUGCUUUUCAUUCGUAAUACAUUCAUUCAGCUGCGUGAAGGUUUUUGAAUUUAACGACGUCAGACAAAAUACUUUUUCUGGAAUAUUACGUAAUCUUUUUACCGAUUCGCUUUGUUCAUUAUGUUCGAAUGUUCUUUUUUGUGUCACGUCGGUACUUUUAUAUCUGAUGAUGUAUCGGAAAAGUUUCGACGUGUUACAUAAACAGCUAAUGUGUUGUUACAUACGGACAAAAGGUAUUGUGUUACAACUUUCUCUGUGAAACGUGAACCCGAAAGGAUUCUCGGUAAACGCCUAAGUAAUAUAAUUCCAUUAAAUAUAUAGAACAUUAUUUUCUCUGCCGUACGUUAAAUCUUAUUUUAAGAUUUUCUUUAAUCAUUGGUGAACCCGAGCGUGGAAUAAGUACGUGCUUUAAUUAAAUGAUUAAUUUGCCAUCGUUAAAAUUAUGUCUGUAAAAUGUUGGUAAUGAUAUUUUGUAAUUACAUAUUAAUUAAUGAACCCUUUCCAAUAGAGCAUGUCUGAUUAAUUAAAUGCUAUUAUUAAAAGAUAAUAUCGAUGAAGGAAGUGGGUGGAAGAACCGAAUUGGAAAAUAUUUUUGUAUGUAAAAUUAAUAAAAAUAAAAAUUCUAAAACGAAUAAAUAAUUAAAUGUAAGUAAAAAUGUACUACUAUUUCUGGGUUAAGUUGUCAGACAUGCUCCAAUGGACUUGCUUAUAUCUAAGUUUGCAGUGCGCAAAUUGUAAAUAAAUUAAAACUAAUAAAAACGUUCAUUUAAACAUUCAAAAUUAGAAUACUUACGUAAUAAAUGUUGCAGUUAUCUGACCAUAGACAAUUAAUGGCAAAAAAUAUUAUUUAUGAAAAAAAAACCAUUAUUAAAUGACAUUUGUAUAAAACGAUGUUAAAAUUAUAGUGUAUCUAUCUAUAUUUCUGUGUGCUUCCAGGUUACAUGUAGAAUUAAGUUGAUAAAUGUACGUAUUAAAAUUUCUUAGUUCUGUAAAUAUGGUCUGAAUAGCAUUUUUAUCUUGUAUGUAUAUUUAGAUACAUAGGUUUGUAACUGGCAUACUGGAAUAAACGGUUCUAGAAAUAAGUACCCCAUGAAUUCAAUCAAAAUGUAUAUUUCAUAUUUAUAACGCUAUACGACUCUAAGCUGAAAUGUUUAUUAUUUAAAGGUUUUUUUUUUAUCAAAUUGUAAGUACUUUUUUGUCAUCCAAACCGUCGUAUCGUAAAACAAAUAUUUAUAAGUAUCGCUGCAGUGUGAAUAGAGCCUAAAAUAUAGCUGAUAGUAAUGAUUUGCAAAAUGUUUCUGGUAUCCCAACUUUUUGUAUUGGACCUGUGAACAUUACCUGAUACUUAAAUAUGAUCUGUAUAUUAAGUUACAAUAAGUUGAGAAGCAAUUUUCAGUUUCCAAUACCCAAGGCUUUGAAAUUAGAACUUUCGCCAUCUUGAAUUUCCCUGCAGACGGCUCGUGUAAUAUAUUUUCACGUGGAAAGAAAAAUCACUUUCGAUCAAAAUGUAAUUUUGCCUUAGUUAUUCUCCAUGACACUAAAAAAAUAUUAUUGUAAAGCGAUUUGUGAAAAAAUCGCUGGUCGUAAGGUUUCAUAGUCUGUAAUCAAAAACAAAUGAAACUGCCAUUUAGUUUUUUUAUAUUCGAUUCUAUUUUAUUUAGACUAUUCGAACAUGUACUUGGUUUCUGAAGUAAGAAUUAUUCUAUACAGGAUAAAGGUGAGUUUUGAACACUACUUAGCUGCCGACUGCAACUGCCGACAGUACUUGCAGUGACUGCAUGAUAACGAAAUGUUUUCAUAUAAAUACAUACAAACCAGUAGUAGUGCAAUGCAGGUGCGGACGUUUUUAUGCAGUCGCGGAAAAUGCAGUCGGCACGAGCAUUCGGCAGCUUGCUUUCAAAACGUACCUCAAAAAGGAAUCCUAUUAAAUUGAUGACGUCAUAAUUAUGUUGAUCAAUGAAAUUGAAAAUAGUACCUAUAUCAAGUCUUUGCUUUAAUUACCGUUGUGACCUUUUCCGAUGCGGCGACGAGAAUAAUGAUCUGAAUCCAGACACCUCAUCGAUUUAGUUCGCUAAUUUUAGGAGUCAGCUCUAGCGUGUCUAAACGAAAAUGUAACCUGAAUAUUGAGUAACUAUAUUAUAAGUUGUAUAAAUAAUUCAGAGCUACUCGUUAACUGUGCACAUAUUGAAUAAAUAAGUUAAAAAUCUGUUC